AUGGCUAUAGAUGCGCCUUCAACGUGUGCGGUCUGCGAAAAGCCGGCCUCGGACAAGUGCGCGCGCUGCAGGGCGUCGGCUUACUGCAGCAAAGAGUGUCAAGCUGCCGACUGGAAAACCCACAAGACCGCCUGCGCCGAUUUACAGCUUGCCACGAUUCUCGAGCGGGCUGCCGAUAUUGUUCAUAAGGCUUACCUCAACUUCCGCGAAACCACUUGGGACACAGUCAACUCCAAAGUCGAGAUUCGAGACGAUGAGGUCGUGGUGUACGACGAGUUCGAACCACAUCCUUCACCGCUGUUCAUCCCAUUCCCGAACCAUCUGAUGAAGGACGAAGGUGUCAAAGAGGCUGUGCUUACUUUCGAUACAUGCAAUGAGCCUCUUGUUUACAUGGAAGAGCUCUUUCAGCAGCUACUCCACGGCUGUGCUAUCAAGAUCCAAGAGGUGGGCAUAAAACUCAAACCUGUUCCUCGCAAAACCACGGCUGUCUUCAUAGAUGGCACGGUGCGCACCAACUGGCCGGACAACAUCCACGAGGUGUUGCGCGUUACCUCGACGAAGAGCGGAAAAACUUGGUACAUCGACAUCAGCGGCGGACAAUACGGCAUAACUCGUACCUUUUGGACAGCCAAAGAAUUCUACGCCACGUACGUCAAGACUAUAGUGUCAGUUCUUCCCUUCGGUUCCAACAAGAAGAAAGUAAGCGACGGAGGUCAAUGCCCUGGUCUCGCAGGCCUCGUAUUGCGAAAGACUAUGGAGGCCUCCACUCUUAUCAGCGAAGCUAUCGCUACUUGGACCAAGGCAAACAAAAUCAGUCUAUCAGCCCUUGUGAGACUACCUUCGGGAACUUUCGAGAGCGAGAAGGAAGCGCUCCUAACAGCUUUGCACCAGCCGGUGCGAGACUUUGUUCUCGACUCGGACUUCACCAAGCAGAAGGACGCCGCCGCCAUCGAGCACUUGGAGCACAACAGCGGUCGGCCCCUGACGGAGAAGCAGAAGAAGCUUUAUAUUGGCCUUUUGCAAACGGCAGGAAAAGGAGCCAAGCUGCGACUUCCCGCCUUUUGA